AAUACAAAAACAAAGCAUGGCUUCAUCUCCGAUGUCUGCUGAGCAUGUCCAAGUUGGCAGGAAGGUCGUUGAUCUCCAAGGUCCUCGUCCAACUGCCCUUCUCCUUCACAAAGAGUCCCACAAGAUAAACAAGUCCUCAACAACAUCAUCAAAGAAGCCUGUUGUGAUCUACAUGGUGUCUCCAGAGAUAAUCCAUGUUGAACCUAGUGAAUUCAUGGCGUUGGUGCAACGUCUCACAGGGUCUUCUUCUUCUUCACCACCAACUCAUGGCUUAGAACCAUCUCAAUCUCAGAGAAAGAGUGGUGAUGAGUUUCCGGUGAGAGUCAAGGCUAGGCCAUUCAUGGCUGCCACCAAGAGAUCACCCAGUCAGUCACAACUGUCUCCUACUUUAUUUUUUAGUGACUUGAGUCCUCUUUCAGACAGUGGUGGUGGUUGUAUUCAGAGAAAGAACAGUUUGGCAUCUCAGGGAUGGCUGUUUAAUGGAGAUAACAACAUGGUCGAUCACUCUGGUGGCUUCCUUGAUAUCUUCAAUCAUGUUCAACAAUAGCAGUAGAUCCUUAUGCAGAUGAUUAUGUCUUCUCUCUCUCUCUCUCUCCUAGCACAAGAUCUAUUGAUUUCUUGAUUAGUUUCUUAUUUUGUUCACCUCUGUUUAUAUGUAUAAGAAUACAAACUGUUGAUUAGAUGUUUGGUGGUAAUGUUCAUUUUACAUCAGGUUCAUAUA